CAGUGGCGAUGGCUUUGGAAGGUACUCGGCCGCGUUCAGUUAGCAACAGCAGCACCAAGUCUAACAGGAUGUGUUUACACCAGAGCCUCUUACAUCUGCUCACAUGUGUGGAGGACCUCAGCUCAGGAGAUGAAGCGACCGAAGAGUUGUCCCAAACCAUAAACCAAGCUUUCCAGCUCUGUGGUAGAUACAGCAAGGAUUUUUUCAGACUACAUAUAGUGACAUGGAAUGUUGGCACUGCAGAUCCUCCAGUUGAUGUGAGGUCUCUGCUACAGCUUGACUUGGAGACUGAUCUUUAUGUGAUAGGUCUGCAGGAGGUGAGAGCCACUCCAGUGAAGUAUAUGUCUGAUUUGAUAGUGGAUGACUCAUGGAGCCACAUCUUCAUGGAUACACUUGGACCAAAUGGCUUUGUCAAGGUGACUUCUGUGAGGAUGCAGGGUCUCCUUCUCCUCCUGUUUGCUAAACAGACCCAUCUCCCCUUUAUCCGUGACCUUCAGACCACAUACACCCGCACUGGAUUCUUUGGAUAUUGGGGGAAUAAAGGUGGUGUUUCGGUGCGAUUCUCCUUCUAUGGUCACAUGCUGUGCUUUUUAAAUUGCCACCUAGCAGCACACAUGAACUAUGCUAUGCAGCGUGUGCAUGAGUUUGAGUACAUCCUUAGCUCGCAAGAUUUUGACUUCGACAAUACAAAACAUGUGCUUGACCACAAGGUUGUGUUUUGGUUUGGAGAUCUUAACUUCCGCAUUGCAGAUCAUGGUCUGCACUUCCUGCGCACCUCUAUCAACAGUGGUCGCUUUAACUUGCUGUGGGAUAAAGACCAACUGACAAUGAUGAAAAAGAAGGAGCCACUGUUGCAGGAAUUUAAAGAGGGACCUCUAGAGUUCAAACCAACAUACAAAUUUAACCGCUUCUCUGAAGCUUAUGACAUGAGCCUGGAGAAGACAUGGUUUGGUUUUAUCGGAAAAAAACGGAAGCCGGCCUGGACCGACCGGAUUCUGUGGAGGUUAAAACCGAAAUGCUCACAAUAUGAGGAAGAGAGUUGCUCAACAUCAUCAUCAGCAGACGAAAAAGACUUUUCUUUAAAGGUGACACAGCAGAAGUACACCUGUGACACAUCAUACGGUGUUAGUGACCAUAAGCCUGUCAUUGGCACUUUUAUUCUGGAGAUGCAGAAGAACAUGGAGAAGCCUUUAGUGUCUGUGAGCGCUGAGGGCCACUGGAGCGCUGAUGAGGAUGCAAUCCUGACAUACACCAUCCAGGGCAACUUUGCUGCCUGCACUUCAGACUGGAUUGCCCUCUACAAGACUAACUUCAAGAGUUCCUCUGAUUAUAUUGCCUUUGUGUGGGUCAAAGAGGAUGAGAUUGCUGAAAUUAACAAAGUUACACAGUUGACUAUGAAUAAAGAUGACCUCCCUGUACUGGCAGGGGAUUACAUUCUGGGUUACUACAGCAGGAACAUGCAGUCCCUGGUGGGCCUGAGCCCUACUUUUCAGAUAAUGGAGUCUAGGUUCGCUCUACUGGAAGAUAUGGUGCAUGAGAAUGUUAAUGGACCUCAGUCUCAGUAACUUUAUCCAGAUAGAACUGAAUGUUUAAUUGAAACAAAACUCUCAGACUAAAAUAAUUCUAUACUAUACAUGCUGUAAGUAUGGCAAGCUGAUCACACCACUGCUCCAUCUUCCAUAUGAUACCUUCUUCAUUAAGCACAUGACACAUAAAACACUGUGCACCAACACACUAUUAAGUCAAAUGACACUCAUUUGGGCAAAUGUACCUCUAUCCAUAGACAUGGACUGGAAAGCAUGUAAAAAAAUCAUGGCAUGGCAAUGCAUCAUGCACUGAAAAAAGGGGGAGGGAAGCUCACUGACCAAAGAUGAGUUUGGCUGAAUAAUAUACCACUGUUGAAGGUUAGCCAGGAGAACAUUGAGCAGCUGAACUUAAUGUUCUAAUUAAAGUAGUUUCAGUUGUGCUGACACCUUCUUGUUUUAGCCAGAGUUCUCUCAAAUAAGUACAAUGGGGAAUCUGAGCAAAUCUGCCAUGUACAGUAGGCAGCAAAUGAAGAAAUUAGGAAAACCAAAACAUUACUAAUUGAAAAAAGUACAGUCUACAUCACUCGAUUACUCAAGCAUAAAAAAAAUUACCCAAUUAGGCUUAGUUCACUCUGUUGCAAGAUUAUCCAGCUCAUUUUUCUUUUUUUUUUUAUGCAAUGAAAAUCACUUAUUAGAAAUUGGGACAUUGCCUAUUCAUCUGAAUAUGAGACUCAAGAUGAUAAA